AUGAAUGAAUUGUUCGCGUGUUCUAAGGAAUCAACGUUACUUUUUGAUGCUAUGUGCGGCUUGAGUUACAAAACUCGUAAUGUUGUGCACUUGGGACUCGGUUUCAUCUGCGUUUUUCUCGCUUUUAAUUCGCAGGGCUUUAUUGAAGAAACCGCUAUAGACAAUGCAGAAAAUAUGAAUAAACAUGCUGGAUACUACAGCUUAGCAAUUAUAUAUGCUUUUUCAAUGGGAACAAACAUGAUUGUUGCUCCGUUAGUGGAUUUCCUAGGUCCACGACUAUCAAUGGCUGGUGGAAGCUUUAUGUAUACUUUGUUUCAAAUUGGGAUGCUAUUCCUAAACGAACCCUAUUUGUACAUCUCGUCAGCACUUCUUGGCAUUGGAUCCGGCUUCGUAUGGACUGGUCAAGGAAAAUAUUUGUCGAUGAAUUCAACGAAGAAAACAGCUGGUCGUAACAGCGGUUUACUAUGGGGCAUGCUUCAAACAUCGCUUGUUGGUGGCGGUUUAUUUCUGUUCGGCAUCUUUAGCGGUUUAGAAACAGACACCAUCGACAAACGAACGCGACAGAUAAUUUAUGGAGUAUUUUCUGCAGUAAGUCUUAUUGGUAACGUUCUCCUCGCUUUCAUACCAAUGCAUGAUUUGACAGAUCAGAACGAGGAUACUGAUGAAGAAAAAAAUCCAAAGAAAGAAAUGUCGCAGCUGCAAGUUCUAACCGGAGCUUUUCGACUUUUAAUAACACCACAUAUGUUGUUACUGGUAAUAUCGUUUAUCUACACGGGUUUGGAAUUAAGCUACUGGUCUGGUGUUUAUUCGACAGCAAUUUCUAGAACUCGAACUUUUAAGUUUAACAGACACAAAAUUGUGGGCUUGAAUGCUAUCUGCCAAGGAAUAGGCCAGAUUAUUGGUGGCCUAUGUUUUGGUAUAUUUGGCGACAAGUUUCGUCGAUACGGCAGGAAUCCGAUUGUCAUCACCGGUUAUGUCGCACACUUGGUGUGCUUUGUAUUAUCAUUUAUAAAUCUUCCACCCGAUGCUAAUUUGCGUAACACCUGGAAGGAUGCUUAUAUCACACCAAACAUUGCUCUAGCGUUGAUUGUUAGCGUUCUCCUCGGAUUCGGUGAUGCUGCAUGGAAUACGCAAAUGUACUCAAUUUUAAUCGGAGUUUACAGUGAAAAAAUUGCCCAAGCAUUUUCAAUUAUGAAAUUUUUCCAGACACUAUGCGGAGCAACUAGGGCAGAAAAAAGCGAUAUUGAAGCGUUGGUAAUAGCGAGGAUUAUCGACGCUGACGGAAAAACGAUUUGCUUGAGAGGCUGCUUGAACGCAAAUAUGUCGCAGAAGAUGUUGUUUCCUGUUGUGCAGGCUGCAGCAGCUUGCGGUGCAUUCUUUUAUACCUCUGCCAUCGAACUUCGAUGGAUAUUGUUGAUUCUCUUAAUAACAAGUACAAUCGGAGUUUCCGCGUUCUUUUACGUUGAAAUUUGGGCGCACAGAAAAAGUCGAGAGAAAGAAGCUGAAGAAGAAAAAAGUCAAGAGAAAGAAGCUGAAGAAGAUACAGCAUCAGCUGCUGCAGAGAGUGUAAAGGUCGAGGAAACAGAGGCAGCGUGA